AUGACCGCUCUCCUAGAUCCUCACGGCUCGCCUGCCACGGCGCGGCCACCUCCUCCGAUCGACUCCAUUGAGGAGGACGCUCCCUAUACAGAUCCACCGCUAGACUCACCAGACUCGCGACCCUCAUCUUCGAAAGCGGUGUCUCCUGGUCCACCUCCGUUCUCCUCUCUGUACUCGACUCACGACUCGGAUAUCGACUGCUUCGACGCCGUUACAGCGGAAUACCCCUCAGCGUCUAUCUCAGCAACUGCACCAGCGCCUCCGUUUGAAGAACUCCCAGAGGGUUCACCUGCAUCGCCAGUCGUUGCUGACACUAAAGCAGCCCUAUCUGCGGGUAAAGAAAGGACAAAGGAAUCAUCAGGGAAGUCGGAGGAGGCAGAGCCACCACCACCCUAUACAGAAGGAUCCAGUCCGAUCGAAUCAUUUACGUACGUCAUGGCAGCCGCUGGAGGUGCCGCGAGCAUCAUCACCCAGGUGCAGCAGGGAGGGCCACCGAUCAACACUCUUGGGGAUAUCAGUGCCGAUGAGCAUAUCACGCUGGACCUUCGAGGAACCCGCUUCACACUCUCCCGAGAUGAGUUAUUAACGCUCCCCGAGUUUGUCCUGUUGUCUCUUUUCCCGAACGGUCUACUUCCGGACGGCCACAUGGGCACUUUCCAUGAAGGCGACAUAUACCCAGUUGAUUACGACCCCGCAUCCCUCCAGUAUAUGCUGGACUUCUUCCGUUCGGUGGCACAAUCGAUUCCAUCAUCAUCCCCUUCUCCGAACAUGUCGCCGGACUUGGAUGCGUCGAUGGACUCGAUGCAGGGUUCUGCGAGAGAUAUGCUUCAGGACAGAGCCGGUAUCAUCGUGCUUCGUGAAGACCUUGAUUUCUACGUUAUCCCUCCGCGACCGGAAAUUGACCACCCCGAGAUGAUCGAGGUCAAGCGUGCUGCAGCCAAGAUCCUGUUGAAACAGGAUGGAAUCUUUUCUGGUCUGAGGAAAAGUGAUGAGGCUGGCAGCACUGAGCAACAUCUCAUCGAAAUGUUGACUGCGGGUGGCUUUAAUCAUGAAGAUCGCUGGGGUCAUCGAGCUGGCGAACCCAACAAAGCGGUCAUCUGCAGUCUUGCACUGGCCAAGCUCAGGACUGACAUCAAAGGUGACCUGGCUAACAAUAACACCCUGGGAAUGGCUCAGAAGCUUCUCCUAUUCUGGCGGAAGCCAGCCAGACGAUGCUGGUGGGAGGGAGUGGAGCUAGAGGGCGUUGAAGGUAUCGAGGGCAAGUUGAAGGUGUGGAUUCGGAGAGUAUGGACGCUCGAAAUGAGCGUUAUUGGACUGCGGUAACACUGGUCUUGGGUCUUCUUCUUCUUUUUUUUUUUUUUCUUCUUCUAUUGCGCAUCUUUUUCUUUGGAAUCCCCUUGUAAUUAUACCACUGAGACAGCGAUUCCGUGCCUUUUCUGGUUUCUAUCUAUCUUCACUGAGUUUGAAGAUAUACUUUCUUCUCUCUUCCCCUUCGGGCCUUUGCAGUGCCCGAGUAAGCAUCUAACGGCAGCAAAGAAAGGCGUCAUGGUAAGUAUGGAUGCGUCACUUCUAGCUUCAGUUGGCAAAAACAUAGUAUUAAUACUACCUACCUAGUUGGAUUUCUUAUGUAGGGUUGCUUGGUUAUUGGUUUGGCCCACACUAUUAGCAUUACACCACUUGGAAAAUUCUUUCUUUUAUCUCCUAAGGAAGAAAUCAUCAAACAUACAUUCAUAUUGGAAAAACCCCUUCUGCACUCGA